ACACACACACACACACACACUCUCUCAUACACACACACACACACACUCUCUCACACACACUCUCUCACACACACUCUCGCACUCACAUGGGAUCAGAGAGCAGGCAUUGCGAUGGCGUCUGUCGGUGCUGAGGUUUUGGAGAAUUUCCGGCAGUUCUGCCGCGACGACUUUGAGGGCGACUGGGCGAAGGUGGCAGAGCGCAGCUUUGGACGGGUCUACCGCGUCAAGCUCAAGCUCUGGAGGGAGAACUGCGCCGUCAAAUGCUUCUCCAACACCAGCCACUACAGGGAUCUGAUGGAGGAAGUGACCAAGCUGGGGAAGGUGAAAUUUAAGUAUAUCACCUCCAUCUACGGCAUGUGUAACGACCCGCCAGGCGUCGUUAUGGAGUACAUGAACAAAGGCUCCCUGGACGGCCUUCUGUCCAGCCACACACUCAUGUGGCCCAAGAAAUUUCAGAUGAUCCACGAGAUCGUCAUGGGAAUGAACUUCCUGCACAGCAUGGACCCGCCCCUCCUCCAUCUCAACCUCAAGCCGGCCAACAUCCUGCUGGACGACCACCUCCACGUCAAGAUUUCAGAUUUCGGCGUGAUCAAGUGGGAGGAGUGCUCAGGCAUGGCGGUGAUGGAGCAUCUCACGGCCAGAGGCAACAUCAGCUACGUUCCCCCCGAGGCCUUCUGCCAGAGCCCGGACCCGCCCACAAACAAAUACGAUGUUUACAGCGUGGCUGUGGUGAUGUGGGAGAUUCUCACCCAGAAGAAGCCCUACGCUGGGGCCAACAUGACAGAAGUAAUCAUCCGUGUGUCGUCGGGGAAACGGCCGAGCAUGGCGAGAAUUCCAGACGACAAGCCUCGUGAGUGCCAGGACAUGAUCGCCAUCAUGCAGGAGUGCUGGCAGCAGCACCCACGGCAGAGGAAAGCCUUCUCAGACAUUAUUGAGCAGACCGAGGUCUUGAGUGAGGUCCUGAAAAUCCCUGAUGUUGGUGGUGGGCGCAAAGAUACUCCCAUUGUAUACAGCACAAUGCCUAGUCCGAAAACAAAGGCAGUUCCGGCAGUCCCAGAGUCGCCUGGCACUGAGGAUGAUACCAACGACGACGCGUUGGAGUCCCUGACCAAGAAACACUUUGAGAAGUUCCACCGUAGCCUGCGGCAGGAGCACGUGGGUAUGCGCUUCAAGGAGAACAACUCGCUGCUGCACUACACGGUGGCCAGCGGCGACGUGGAGAGCGUGCGUCGCGUGCUGGACCUCGGGGCGCAGGUCAACGCUCAGAGCCAGCGCGGCUACACCCCUCUGAUCGUCGCCGUGCUCUGCAAGCUCCACGACAUCAGCGCCCUGCUGGUGAAGCGCGGCGCCGACGUGGCGCUCGGGGACGAGGACGGCUGGGCGCCGCUGCACUUCGCCGCCCAGAACGGCGACGAGCGCUCGGCCCGGUUCCUCCUGGAGCACGGCGCGCCUCCGGACGCCGCCGAGAAGGAGCGGUGGACGCCGCUGCACCUGGCGGCCCAGAACGGCAACGAGGGGGUGGCGCGCGUGCUGGUGGCGCGCCUGGCGGGCAUCGACGUGCGGGAGGGGCAUCACGGGCGCACGCCGCUGCACCUGGCCAGCACCUACGGGCACCUGGGCAUCGCCAAGCUGCUGCUGGGGAAGGGCGCCGACCCCUCGCUGCCCGACGACGCCGGCGACUGCCCGCUGCACCUGGCGGUGGAGGAGGGCCGCGUGCGCAUGGUGCGGCUGCUGGUGGAGCGCAAGGCGGACGUGACGAGCGCCGACGCGCGCGGACACACGCCCCUGCACCUGGCGGCGUUACGCGGCCACACGCUCAUCUGCCGUUACCUGCUGGGCCACGGAGAGGGCACCAACGCGCGGAACGCCCAGGGCUGGACGCCGCUGCACCUGGCCGCGCUGCGCGGGCACGGGGAGACGGUGCUGGCGCUGGAGGCUCAGGGCGGCGAGGUGGACGCCCGCGGGUCUCAGGGCUGGUCCGCGCUGCACCUGGCCUGCCACCACGCCCAGGACCAGGUGGUGACGCAGCUGCUGGCGGCCGGCGCGAGGCCCGACCUGGCGGACGACGCCGGCUGGACGCCGCUGCACCUGGCGGCGCGUUCCGGAUGCUUCCCCAGCGUGCUGCAGCUCCUCUCGCGCCAGGCCGACGUCGACGCCCGCAACCACGCCCAGGCCACGCCCCUGCACGUGGCGGCGCAGAGCGGCUCGGCGGGCAUCGUCCGGGCGCUCCUGCUCAACCACGCCAGCUGCAGUGCCCGUGACGCGCGCGGACACACACCCCUCGACAUCGCCCGCAGCAAUGGCCACCAGGAGGCGGUCAAGCUACUAGAGCGAGACGAGGAGAGAUAACACACAUGCGCGCACACAUACAAAUAACAAAAACACACACUCUCACACAUUACACACACACAUCACACACACACGCACAUGCACACGCACACGCACACGCACACACACACACAUUACACACAUUACACAUUACACACACACAUUGUACACAUCAAACAUCACACACACACACACACACACACCCUCAGGUCAUCAGCAGUCAGCCGUGCGUGAUGGCAAACAGCAACGUAAGUGCUGAUGGCGGGAGGGUGGGCAUCGACUUGUCCCAUUGAUCAGCUCUUCACCUCCUCCGGCUCCUCUUCCUCCCCUGACGCCCCUGUUAUUCCUGCCCAGCUCUUCAGUUCAUAGAGCGCUCGCAUAGCCAUCGAUUUGUUUGGGGGGGGUGAGAUCAGGCAUUUCUCACCAGUGCUGUUCUUCUACAUCACAACCAUCGGGCCUGACCACGAGGAUGUUGUGCUUACUAAUCAGCCUCAACCGAGCAGCAGGAGGACGUUGAUAUGGUUAUUUAUGUUGUUGUUGAUGUUGUGAGAUGCACUAUAAUCAACAACAACGACAACAACAGUGACAUUAUACAGCUGUACCACAAAGCGUUGUGCCGCUUGGGAAUCCAAAAGAAUACCACACAUAAACCUCUAGUGUUAUUUCUUUGUAUAGUAAAUAUUGCUGGUGCUUGUGCUUUGUAAGUACAUGAACCGUGUAAUGCUGAAGUCACAUCAAAUGAAAGUGUUUGUUCUGUA